AUUAGAAAGUUAACCUUUACCUCUAUAAACUUAUUUUUAAUUUGCAUAUAAAAAUAUUAAAAUCCAGUGUAAAAACACUCAAGAACUCAAUUAAACGAAUGGCACUGAAUUACAAUAAUAAAAGGUGUUACCGUUAAUUCGAAGGCGUACAAUUAAACAAUGUGCAUUCAUUGUACAUAGAAUCUGUAUGUAUGCAUAUAAAGGGAUGGCAAAGGCUUAUUGUGGACUAUAAAUUUUAAGAAUAUGGAUGCGAACCAGUAUUAUUGUCGCGGUGGAAUACAGCAAAGCGCGACAUCAUCACAAACGCCGUCUACUAAAAUGAAUUAUGGAAUGUGUGCUGAGUAUUUAACAUGUAGUUCAAGUGAUUUGGAGUCGGGUUUCACAGAAGUUUCUAGGGAAAUGGCUCAACGAAAUAAUGGAAGCACUAAAAGUGUAGCAGGGAACAGGAAUAUUCCGAGCGCCUAUAUGUAUAACAACUGCAACAUGAAUGCUGAAUGUACGAAUAGUACGAAUUCUUCGAAUAAUGCUGGGAAUUAUAUAAAUAUAAUGACUGUUCCAUUGGGAACGCUACAAUAUAACCGCAAGAAGUUAACAACGCAAGAUUAUCAAUCGCGUAUUUACUAUAAUACUACGGAUGCAAAGUCUCGUGAAGACUACUAUUCAGCAGGCAACGGUAAACGCUUAAGUACUGACUCUUCCUCAAACGUUCACCCUCAAUACCAGCAUCAACAAUCACAAUCGCAGUCCCAGUCACAAAACAUUCAUCACAUGCAGCAUCAGGUGCAUAUGAGUCAAAUGCACCAAAACCCGCACAAUAAUUAUGUGCAGCAUAAUCAGCAAAAAACAGCGUGCAGUCAUAGUUCGGGAUUGGAUCCUGUUGAGGAUUCAACAGAUUGCGGCGCAAUGUAUUCGAAUGUUAAUCCAAAUGGUCGCGUUGUGGCUGCAACACAAACGCAUCUUGGCAAUGUGAAUGUGGCCGCGUGUGAUCAACUCAUGCCCCAAAGUCCAGUUUCACUGGUGCCCGUCAAUGUGCCUGUCCCACCUGUCAUGUACACGGUGCAUCGUGUGGUAACCACAGCCCAAAUUCAAACAGCCGUGGGUAGUACUUUUGCAUCCUCGGCAAGCGUAUCUAGUGUUGUUAGCACAGGUCGCAAUGAAACCGAUUGCAUGGCUGCUUCAGCUCAGGUGCCUUCAGGGAUGAACUUGUCUAGCAACGAUCCUUGUAACAGUGGUCAAAACUUAACAGACAUCAAUGGAUUAAACAGUCCAUCAGCUGCUCUAACAAAUGCGAGUUUUCUGCCAGUUCAACAAAAAUACAACAACAGCAACGAUACCCAACAGAAUUCGAAGAGAUCUACCAACAACUCCAGCUCGAACUACCCAGUUAGCGCAAAAUCAUCUGCGUUAGUAUCGCGGGCUUUGCAGAAUGUAAUACCAACAUGCGUAUACUUAAUGUCUCGUGUUGCUGUGCACAUGGAAAUCGAAGGUACAGCCCAAUGCCCUUCUCAGGUUAUGUUGGCUGCCGCACUUGGUUGUGAGGAGUUAGGCAUUUCGAAUAAGCUGUUAGCCCAGAGUAUUUUCGGCUUGUGGAUGACAAGCAGUUUAAUGGAGAUGCAACUAAAAGCACAUCACUGCCCGUAUGUGGUGCGAGUGGCGUGGACCAGGCUUCUGGAAAAGUUUAGCAACAGCACGCCAAUUGAUCGUAAAUUCGAUGAACCGAUCAUCAUUUUGAAGAGAAAUGUUUUCUUCUCCAAGAGAGAUGAGGAAAAAAUCAAGGACCAUCGGAUUGUGGAGCUGCUCUAUGAGGAGGCGAAGCAUUAUGUCUUAACGGGUAGAUAUAUUAUGGAAUCAGUGCAUUCCCUCAUGUUGGGUGGCAUUCAAGCACGAAUCGAAUUGGGUCCCUACAACUCCCAUACACAUACUGUGGGAUUUUUCAGAGAGAAUCAAUCGAGAUUCUUACCGAAACAUGUUGCCAAGAGUUCAAAUUGGUUGUGGCUACCAAUCAGUCAAAAGAACUCUGCCGAAAUUAGGCUUUUAGAACAAUUUAAGAGAGUGCCACAAUCAGCUACAACUCGAAAAUUGAUGAGGAAAUAUUUGGAAUUUUGCUGGGCACUGCCAUUUUAUGGUGCGGCUUUCUUUCAUGGACAAAUGGAACAGCCAGUUAGGGGCAUUAUGUCAUUAGUUAACCAUAAGGACAUUGAAGUAUUGGUCGCUGUUAACGAGAGAGGCGUUUUUAUUAUAGAUUGCUAUGAAAACACAUUAUUAUUGGGUCUUCGGUAUGAGGACAUGUCGUGGGAUUAUGCAAAGCCAAGCUCUAGUGAUGAUCCCGAAUGCCUUACGUGCAUUUUUUUGCAAUUUGACGCUGUUGAGAAUGGAGUACAGAUAUCAAAACUUGUGCAAGUUUUUUCCAAGCAGGCUGCUAUGAUUGAUGCACUAAUUUCCCAUUUCACAGAACAAAUGAGAAAAAGAAAACAGGAUGCGAAUCCGUCGGAGCACCUACACGAUGAACCAAAUCCUAUACAAAACAAUGGCAAUGGAGUUUUGUGCAAUAAGUUAUAUCGUUUAACCUUAGCAAGCUUUGACGAAGAAGGGCGCUGUAUUGGACAAAUGGGAUCAUUAUCUAUAAGCUAUUAA